AAUCUAACGCACUUCAUGUGAAAAAUUGGUUUAGAAUUCCUUACGCAUUGCGUCAAGUAUGGACAGCGCGGAAACGUACGCAGUAGUAGAGCUUGCGUCAAGAGCUCCGGAUCCCUGAAUUAGGAUUAAUGGGAAGAGAUGUUGGAUCUAAAAUAUAUAUUGGUGAUUCUUCUAGUGACGAAAGGUUCUUCUACGUUUUUCCAAGAUCCAAUCAAACGAUCAACAUGCAUCAUUAGUGGGGGCAGCUGUGAGCCUCUAAUCAACUGCAUGAUGUCUAUGGGAAUUGCUGCUUCAACUUGCGGAGGAUUUCUUUCAGUUUGCUGUGUAAGACCGUCAACGGUGAAUCGUUGGUUGAAUGAUUACCGGGAAAACGACAUCAUUAACAACAACUAUCAUGAAGUAAAGUCGAAAAGUACCGUGAUUAACGACCCCAAAUGCGGGAACCGUCCUACCGCCAACCGGCGGGUGAUUGACGGAUCAGAUGCUGGGUUUGGAACCUUCCCCUGGCAGGCCCUGGUGCGGAUAGGGAAAGCUAAAUGCGGCGGAGUUUUAGUGAACCGUCAACAUGUGAUAACAGCGGGACAUUGUGUCAAGAAUAAGGAUAAGGAGACCAUUAACGUUACCCUUGGGGAGUACCAUAUAGGAGAUCUCCUGGCUGAUGAUGAAUAUCUACCAAGUGUAACCUUCAAGGUGUACAGUGUAGCAGUACAUCCACAGUUCCAGUUCAGCCCUGCAGCAGACAGGUAUGAUGUUGCUGUGCUACGGUUGUCCAGUCCUGUACACUAUGCUCCACAUAUAGCACCAAUAUGCUUACCUAGAGCAGGACUUGAUCCAGAGCCCGGAACAGUAGCUUAUGCAGCGGGCUGGGGAGCUAUUAUUACAGAUGAAAAACUUGGCCCACUAGGAUUCCUGGUCCCUAAGGAACAGAAACGACCUAAAGUUCUCCAGGUGGUGGAUGUUCCACUGAUCGCCAAUGAUCAGUGUGAGAGCUGGCACAGUAGGAAGGGUAUAUCCGUCCACCUGUACCCGGAGAUGCUGUGUGCCGGAUACAGGUUCGGAGGAAAGGACUCCUGCAAGGGAGACAGCGGCGGUCCACUCAUGGUUCGACAGAAGGACGGACGAUGGGUCCUCGUGGGAUUAGUCUCAGCCGGCUUCUCCUGCGGUCAACCUGGACAACCAGGAAUAUAUCACAGGAUCUCCCAGACAGCUGCCUGGAUCUCGUAUAUAGUCAACGGUGGACUAAGUUAAAUUUCUGUCAGCGCACAGUGAACAUAUUAAACAUUUAUAAUUAUAAACAAGAAACAAAUAUGAUAGAGGUUAGUUUAUUUAAAACCAAUUUUGGUAAUAAAUUUGCUACCAACACUGCUCAAGCCAGAUUCGAGCUACCAGUGCUGUGUUUCUUCAGAUUCCAGCAAAAAAAUACUUGUUUUUGUUCCGUUUCCAGAUCCAGAAGUGGUUCUAGUCAGUUUCCAGCUACCCAAACUGGUUCUAGUCAGUUUUGAGCUACCCAAACUGGUUUUUGUCAGUUUCCAGCUACCCAAACUGGUUCUAGUCAGUUUCCAGCUACCCAAACUGGUUCUAGUCAGUUUCCAGCUACCCAAACUGGUUCUAGUCAGUUUUCAGCUAACGGAACUGGUUCUAGUCAGUUUCCAGUCACGAGAACUGGUUCCUAUCAGUUUCCAGUUACCAGAACGGAUUCUGUGAAUUGUAUACUAUCAGGUCUGGAUUCAAACAGUAUCUAGCUACCAGAGCAGUUCUUAUCAGUAUUUGGCACCAUAACUGGUCUGGUCAGAUCUAGUUUUAGUCUGUAUCUAGCUACCAGAACUGGUAAGAACUGGUUUUAAUCAGUAUCUAGCAACCAGAACUGGUUUUAAUCUGUAUCUAGCUACUAGAACUGAUAUAAAUAAGUAUCUAGCUACCAGAACUGACUUUAAUCAGCAUCUAGCUACUAGAACUGGGUUUAAUCUGUAUCUAGGGACCAGAACUGGUUUUAAUCAGUAUCUAGCUGCCAGAACUAGUUUUAAUCUGUAUUUAGUUACAGAACUGGUUUUAAUCUGUAUCUAGGGACCAGAACUGGUUUUAAUCUGUAUCUAGCUACCAGAACUGGUUUUAAUCAGUAUCUAGCUACCAGAACUAGUUUUAAUCUGUAUUUAGUUACAGAACUGGUUUUAAUCUGUAUCUAGGGACCAGAACUGGUUUUAAUCUGUAUCUAGCUACCAGAACUGGUUUUAAUCAGUAUCUAGCUACCAGAACUAGUUUUAAUCUGUAUUUAGUUACAGAACUGGUUUUAAUCUGUAUCUAGGGACCAGAACUGGUUUUAAUCUGUAUCUAGCUACCAGAACUGGUUUUAAUCAGUAUCUAGCUACCAGAACUAGUUUUAAUCUGUAUUUAGUUACAGAACUGGUUUUAAUCUGUAUCUAGGGACCAGAACUGGUUUUAAUCUGUAUCUAGCUACCAGAACUGGUUUUAAUCUGUAUCUAGGGACCAGAACUGAUUUUAAUCAGUAUCUAGCUACCAGAACUGAUUUUAAUCAGUAUCUAGCUACCAGAACUGGUUUUAAUCUGUAUCUAGGGACCAGAACAGGUUUUAAUCUGUAUCUAGCACCAGAUUGCUUUUAAUCAGUAUCUAGGGACCAGAACUGGUUUUAAUCUGUAUCUAGGAACCAGAACUUGUUUUAAUCCGUAUCUAGGGACCAGCACUGGUUUUGAUCUGUAUCUAGGGACCAGAAUUGCUUUUAAUCUGUAUCUAGCUACCAGAACUGGUUUAGCUCCGAGCUUUUUUACCCUGUUUCAAAUCAGAUUAAUUGUAUUACUGGGUUAAAGUCAAAAGAAAAACAGGUCCAAUACUUGAAGAUCAAGGUUGGGAAAGUGAUUGUUUAUAAAUGUUUACAUUGAUUAUUGUUUUCUUUAGUUGCAAAAAUAUUUAUUUUUGAAAUAUUCUUGCAAUUUUAGAAACUUUAAUAUAUAAAUUCGACAUUAUUCAUCUUGAGAUUAUAAUCUGUAGUUAAAUAUUUGUUGUCGGUUAGAUUCAUACAGUUACUGUUAUGUUAUUUUUUUCAAACAUUUUAUUUUUAAAGCAACCAAAGAAUUUUUAAUUAAUAGUUUUGAUUAUGAGAUUUAAUUUCCAUAUCAGAAAUCUAUCUUUUGGUUAUUAACAACCGCGAAUGUACAACUUAAAAUCCUGGGCAUUAAAAAUUAGUUUUUAUAACUAUUUAUUAUGUAAUAAAUUUGUUUAUUUAAGUUUUAAGUUAAUUAUCCAGUAUAGUCGACUAGUAGAUUCAGGCCCGUAGCUAGGUAUUUUUCCAAGGGUGUAGCACAAAGUUUAAAAUUGAAGAUGGGAAUAGAUAAAUUAUAAAAUUGAAGAUGGGAAUAGAUAAAUCAUAAAAUU